AUGGCUAUAGACGCAUACUCUUACGGCAGUAUCACUGAGAGAAAAAAGCAAACAGAGAAGGUAAAGGUUGUAAGCAAUACUGUGGACAAGCCGUAUAUCCAACAUCUGUCUACUAAGAAUGUGAGACGGCCAUCGCUCUCAGCCUCUAGAGCGAAAAAGUUGGUGCCGAAGAAGCUGCAGACCAAGCUUGCUGGCAGAUAA